GGUUUCUUACUUCUCUUCAACUGUCUUCUCAACACAUAUCCAGCCAACGACGUCCUCUCUUUCAUAGGCGUGCACUCGCAUUCUGUCUCUGUAUCCUGCCUCUGCAUCCUGUACCUGAUCUUUUAUAUAUCACCCCCGCUCCUUGUUCUUCUGCUCGUUGCUCUACUCUGCUUGAUAUACUCGCCUGUCUCUCCUUCCUACAAACCAUCAUGGCUUUGCAUGAAUUUGACUACCUCUUCGCCAUUGGCAUGAUAUUUGCCUUCCUCGAUGCUUGGAAUAUCGGAGCAAACGAUGUCGCAAACUCUUUCGCUACCUCUGUAGCAUCUCGCUCUCUUACCUACCCCCAAGCCAUGGUAAUCGCCGCGCUCUGCGAGUUCCUCGGUUCUGUUCUUCUCGGAUCACGCGUGGCCGAUACCAUCCGCAACAAGAUCUUGGAUGUGACUCUUUUCGAAGAAGCCCCGGCUACUCUCCUGCUUGCCAUGGUGUGCGCCGUCAUCGGUUCCUCGCUCUGGCUCACUCUCGCGACCCGCAUCGGCGCUCCGGUCUCCACAACCCACUCGAUCGUCGGCGCAAUCAUCGGAUCCGGUAUCGCCUGCUUUGGAACAGACGGGAUUGUCUGGGGCUGGGACGGCUUUGGCAAGAUCGUCGCCUCCUGGUUCAUUGCCCCUGCCAUCGCCGGCUGCUUUGCCGCCAUCCUCUUCCUUAUCACGAAAUACGGUGUUUUGCAGAGAGGCGAUAAAGCGCUCCGCAAUGCAUUCUAUCUUCUUCCCGUUUACUACGCAUUCACGGCUGCUGUUCUUUCUCUUGUCAUUGUCUGGAAGGGAGCCCCCAGUCUCAAUCUCGAUGAGCUCUCUCCCGGAGGUAUCGCCGGCGCUGUCUUGGGUACUGUGGGUGUUGUCGUCUUGCUGUAUGUCUGCUUCUUCUUACCCUACAUGCGCCGUCGCUUGAUUAAGGACGACUGGACUAUGAGAUGGUAUCAUGUUUUUAUUGGGCCUACUCUGUGGAAGCGCGGUCCCGUCCCCCCUGCUCCUCCUGGUGUGUCUGCCGUCCCAGAUUUCUACAGCGGCCAUGAGGCGCUGCCUGAUCCGAAGGAGCAAAUUGCUGCAGUAAACGACGAGAAGAUUGCCUCGACAGCCAUCACCAACGAGGAGUUUGAUCGGGCACAAACUGAAAACAGUGGGAGCGGCAGCUCUUUCGAGGCACCUACCCCUGCAGCUGAGAUCACCCCCUACCAGGAUCCCACAGAGCGGUUCGUCUCUCGUCUUGCCGAAUUCGAAAAGGAGGGCCGAGAAAAGAAAUGGUACAAUCCGCACGGUCUGCUCACGCGUAUUAUGUACGGACUCACCUACGGAGUCCGUCAAGAUGUCAUUUCCCACCAACUCUCGGGCAACGGCGGCUUCCUGGCUGGAGAUGUCGCUGCUCGAAACCGUGCUGCUCCACGCUACGACAACAAGGUCGAGUACCUUUACACUUUUCUGCAAGCUCUGACGGCCGGCACUUUAUCUUUUGCGCAUGGCUCAAACGAUGUUUCGAAUGCAGUCGGCCCUCUGGCUACUAUCUACAUCGUCUGGUCAAAGAAUAUCGCCGGCUCAAAGUCGGAUGUGCCGGUCUGGAUUCUGGUCUACGGUGGUGCUGCUAUCGUUAUCGGUCUCUGGACAUAUGGAUACAACCUCAUGCGCAACCUGGGCAACAGACUUACGCUGCACUCGCCCUCUCGUGGAUUCUCGAUGGAGCUCGGUGCGGCAAUCACGACGGUCUUUGCCACCAAGCUCUCGCUGCCCAUCUCCACCACUCAGUGCAUCGUGGGCGCGACCGUCUUCGUGGGCCUCUGCAACAACGACUUCCGAGCGGUCAACUUCCGCAUGGUGAUGUGGUGCUAUCUCAGCUGGAUCCUGACGGUGCCCUGCGCUGGAAUCAUCUCUGGCUGCAUUUGCGGAAUAAUCAUCAACGCCCCGCAAUUUAUGGCAAAGUACACCAUGACCUGACGCAUGGGCUGGAAUAUAUAGCGCCUCUGUUGUUCUAUAUUUUCCCCGCUAAUUCUCGCUUUAUAGCCUGCUUGGUUUCUCGUUUGUUUUUUCUUUUUCACGAUUAAUUUCCUCUUAAUAAAAAUACAUACACUUCAUCGAUCGAUCCUCGGCAGAGCAGAUCUACCCCUCUUCUCAGUAAUCACCCUGGAGUCUGCUUAUUGAGCUGGCUCUGCAUUUAUAAUCCGGAUCGUGCAAUCGAGGGCAAAUUUAGCCCUGGAACCGAGCUUCCGGUGUCUUUCAAUCUAUUUAUUUUGAUUGUUUUCUGUUUCACUUCCCCGGCGCGGCGCUGGUAAAACAUCACGUGACUAUAACAGCGGCGUAUG